CUCAUCCCCGCCCCUCCCUGGCUCCGGCAGGCCCGGGGCGCCGACCGCUCCCCCACAUGGCCUCUGCCCGGGUAAGGUCCCCCGCCUCUGGCAGAGCCGACCCCACGGUGGUCGGGCCAGGUUGGCGGGGUGGAGGGACCACGCAUAGCCCGGCAGGUCGCGGAGGCAAGUGUGGACACCCACCCUGGGAGCUCGGCGGUUCGCUCAGCUCCUCGCAGCGGGAGCAACGUGCCCAAGUUGGGCAGGCGGACCCGGUUCUGGAACGUGAUUUUAAAGGCCACAAAGCUGCGAUCACCUCCGUGGACUUCAGCCCCAACUGCAAACAACUUGCUACAGCUUCGUGGGACACCUUUCUCAUGCUGUGGAACUUGAAGCCACAGACUAGAGCUUACAGAUAUGUGGGCCACAAGGACGUGGUAACCAGCGUGCAGUUCUCUCCACAAGGAAACUUAAUAGCCUCCGCCUCACGAGACAGAACUGUGAGACUCUGGGUUCCUGAUAGGAAAGGGAAGGCCUCCGAAUUGAAAGCACACACAGCCCCAGUUCGAAGUGUGGACUUUUCAGCUGAUGGCCAGUUCCUGGUUACAGCGUCUGAGGACAAAUCCAUUAAAGUGUGGAACAUGUACCGUCAGCGCUUUCUUUACUCCCUGUACCGACACACACACUGGGUGCGCUGCGCCAAAUUCUCUCCUGAUGGAAGAUUAAUUGUGUCAUGCAGUGAGGAUAAAACUGUUAAAAUUUGGGAUACUGCAAGUAAGCAGUGCGUUAAUAACUUCUCGGAUGCCGUAGGAUUUGUAAACUUUGUGGACUUUAACCCUAAUGGUACAUGCAUAGCUUCAGCAGGCUCUGACCACUCUGUGAAAAUUUGGGACAUAAGACUGAACAAAUUACUCCAGCACUACCAAGUUCACAGCUGCGGCGUGAACUGUCUGUCAUUCCAUCCUUUGGGGAACAACCUUGUCACUGCCUCUUCUGAUGGAACACUGAAGAUUCUGGAUCUCCUAGAGGGAAGACUCAUAUACACAUUUCAAGGACAUACGGGACCUGUCUAUAGUGUUUCGUUUUCGAAGGAUGGAGAACUGUUUGCAUCCGGCGGGGCAGACGCGCAGGCCUUGGUAUGGAGGACUAACUUUACUCAAUCACAUGGUAAAGAUCUGAAUAAAAGAACCCUCAAAAGAUUGCACUUUGAGUCCCCGCCACACCUUCUUGACAUCUACCCACGAUCACCACAUCUCCAUGAAAAGAAAAGGGAGACUGUUGAGAUUAAUCCAAAACUUGAGGUGAUGGAUUUGCUGAGUUCUUCUCCCCCUGUUGUGGAUGUCCUUUCUUUUGAUUCAACCGCAACAACGGAUUACACCAGUCGAGCCAUGCCAGACAAGGGUGAAGACAUCUGUGAGUAUUUCCUGAAUCCUUCCUUAAUGCUAGACUGUUCAUCAGCCACUGUGAAAAAGAACACAGAAGACGUCAGUGACCUGCCCUCAGAAACCCAGAGGAGCGUGCCCCUCGCCGUGACUGAUGCUCUAGAGCACAUCAUGGAACAGCUCAACAUCUUAACACAGACCGUCUCCAUCCUGGAGCAGCGCCUGACCUUAACAGAAGAUAAGCUGAGGGACUGCCUUGAGAACCAGCAGAAGCUCUUCAGUGUCAUCCAGCAGAGGAGCUGACCAGGAGAGCGUGUGAGCGCCGGCCAGUGGAGGAGGACGUGUUCACACUCAGGAAGGUAGCAGAGGCGGUCCGCACACCCACACCACACACUAAUUACCGUACUUCCUUCAGAGGGUGAGCAACAGCACCAAAGGGUCAAGUCAUUUCUGAGGACUGACUGAAACACAUAAAUCAAUGUCAAGGAUCAAUUUACGCUCCUCCCAGGUAUAAUUGCAGUAAUAAAGUUAUGAACGUUUAAAUCACCCCAUCCCCCCCCCCAUAUUAUUUGAAAUGUCACUUUUUAUUUGACAUGUAAAUCCCCAGGAGGAAAGUAAGCAGACCUCUAGAUUUUAUUGUUAAAUCCUUUCAGAUUGACCGUGUUCAGGCAAUUCCUGAAGGUAAUUAGUGUAUUUCUUAGGUGAACACAUCCUGGAGAUGAAAUCAUUCACUUGCUUUCAAAGAGCACCUGAAAUAUAGAAAACACAUUAUUGAGCUGGCUCAUGUUUCUU